GCGGCGUCGCUGGCGAAUAUUGCAAAUUGUAUUGCAAAUUGGCCUGUGAAGACAUUCGCAGUGUCUAGGCGGCCACAGCCUUGUAUUUUCUGAUCACGACAGGAGCAUCCUGGUUUGGACUCGAGUAAGCGGUCAGGACUGCAUUCAGGUUCCGAGCGGUGUGACCUAGAAACGGAUUGUUGGGAUACUCGCGCUUCGACAAUGGGUUGUCGCAGAUGGGGCGGUUUGGCUUGUUUUCAAUGCAGUGGCGCGAUUCGCAACCUUGUGCUACUCAAUGCGGUCUUGGAAGCGCGCGGGCAAACCUUCAAAAACGGGUAUUUGCAUAUAUGGCAGGGUAGCACGGGUAGGGGGAGAUGGGCAUCAUGUCAUGAGAGGGCUUUCGCACCGAUAAAGAGGGCCGAGUCGUUGGUGGAGUGUUCCGGGUUCUUGGUUGUUGUCUCUCGCUUAUAACGCGUCGACCAUUCAAGCGCCUGUGCCUGGCGUGAGGG